AUGGCUCCAAGGACGAAGACUUCUUUUCCGGGAGAAAAACAACCUCUGCGGCACUUUACACAUCCACAUGUCCUAAUCAAGGAAGAUGUAUUAGACCAAGCAGUUUAUGAAAAUAACGAAUUUGUAUGUGAUGGCUGUGCCACUCUAGGUACUGGUGCUAGAUACCAUUGCAAGCAAUGCGCUUUCGAUCUCCACGAGGUUUGUACUACAUGUCCUGAGUAUCUCACCUCUUACAUUCAUCCUAACCAUCCAUUGGAACGGAUAUGGGAGGGGCCCGGCACAGAUUACGGUCAGUGGCGUCCUUGCAAUGUCUGUGGUGAUCAAGUCAAAGGUCUCUUCUACAAGUGCGCUUCCGGUGCUGCCAAUCGCUAUGAUGAUGGGCGUCAUGAAUUUUUCAUCCACCCUUUAUGCUCCAAACUGGAAUUGCAAGUGCGUCAUGCAAUCGACCAAAACCACCCACUCAAGCUUCAAUCAGUUCCGGUUAUUCGUGAUGCCUGGUGUGCAAUCUGUAGAAACCUUGUUUCUUCCUCUUCUUGGAGUUAUAGAUGUGAUCCAUGUGGUAUCAAUAUUCAUCCCCAGUGUGUUACUCUUCCAUACCACAAUUAUCAGUCUGCCCCUAGUUAUUCGUCACGAGAAAAUCAGUCUGGACCUAGUUGUUCGUCCAGAAAAAAAGUGGCCGAUGCUGCGGCAGAUUCGGAAGCUCUGUAUGCUGAAAUGAUCUCUGCUAAAAUGAUGCAUAUAGCCCUUGACAAUGGUUUAAGUUACAUUUAA